AUGACAAAACCUGAAAUGCUCGUUUGGUAUCCUCUUCUCGUCGUGAGUGAAAUCCGUAGCGCGUAUGAGGAUCCCCGGACCUUAACAGCUUUUCUGCCCCUGCCUCAGCCCAGCCCGCCGGCGUUUUGCUCUCCGUAUACCUUGUUGGAGGGUAUUGCGAAUCCCAUCUCUCCUACCAUGGAUGUGGAUGUCGAGUCCAAUCUGCGCUUGGUCUCGACUCGACAUUCAAGGCUCGAAGGGGGCUAG